CGAGGGGAUGACUCAGUCUCGGCUCGAUGACGCGGGUAGUUGACUCUGUCGCAACUCGGAGACUCGGCAGGUUUCCUACACUGAACCAGAUCAGAGAAGGGUCAACAACCUGCCUUCUUCAACAUCAUCCCAGAUCCGCCAUGGAAGUGACGGUUUGCGGUGCAUCGACGUGGAUCGACUGCUAGAGGAGCAGCGUGCUGGUGACAGUUGGGAAAGGAACCUACGAAGAUGGGUUUGGGGGG